AUGCAAGCACAGAAAUCUGCUCCUGAUUAUAUGGAAUGGAAGGAUAAAUUCCUGAUUCAGGAUACCAUUGUGCCGUAUGGUACAACAGAAGAGGAGAUUACAUCGGCAUGUUCACUCUCUUUGGUUCAGCUAGUUAAAAACGUUGAGGAUGCCAAGAUUAUCACAAACACGGAAGAGCUUAUAUUUCCUAAUGUUGUGGAAAAUGUGAAGUCUGUCCUCACUAAGAACGCUAAGCUUAAACCGGACAAGGACGAAGAUUUUAUGCCAGACAAGUACGAGGAAUCAAGACAAGUGAAGAGUUAA